AUGCGACGAAUUUCAACCGCGACGCUCUUCGGCGUCGAUCCUAGCACAGACACUCUGCAUCGCUUUGAGACCUCCUGGUUGCUAUCGCCCACCGUCCUCGCUGCUCUGCGCGGCCUGAUCUCUCUAUACAUCUUCACAACUAUCAUCGUGAUCUGGGCCUGGGAUGGCACGCACGGCGAUCGCAUCGCGAUCGGCCAGUCCUUCAGCUACUUCACCUGGUUGACCUACUGGGGUCUUGGCUUCUACUUCCUCUUCUCGGCCUUUCACACGGCCUGCUAUGCGCGGACAGGACGUUCUGUGCUCUUCGACCGUUGGCCACGUUUCUGUCGCGUGCUGCACUCUCUACUCUACACGACAAUCACCACCUUUCCUUUCUUGGUGACUAUCGUCUUUUGGGGCAUUCUAUUUAAGCCACCGUUUUAUAAAGAGACCUUUCCCGGCUGGUCGAAUAUCUCUCAACAUGGCCUGAACUCUUUCUACGCCCUUCUCGAGAUCUUCCUCCCAACAACAGCUCCUCACCCCUUCAUCGCCAUCCCCGUCCUCAUUCUGCUUCUGCUCUUCUACCUCUGUGUCGCAUACAUCACCUAUCACACCGAGGGCUUCUACACCUACAGCUUCCUUGACACUGAAGGCGGCAAGAAGAGCGGCAUCGUCGCGGGCUACUGUUUCGGGAUCUUGGCUGCGAUCAUCGUCAUCUUUUUGAUUUCUUGGGGUCUGAUCUGGCUGCGGAAGCGCUCCACUGGCGGUAGGAUCAUGCGGGCUACGCGUGAUCCCUUGCGUGGUCAGGACGAGUUUGUCGAUAUGCACGUUGAUAUGCAGGAACAGACUGAGCCAAAACAUGCGUCUGUGUAG